AUGAGAUUUGAAUCAUAUGCUCCACCAAGUCGUUCGGACGGCGCUUUCUCGUUAUGGACGACAGCAGAGGCAACGUGGCUUUCCCGAGACCGUCUUCCCAGGCCUCGACCAUCUUGCCAGCAGGCACCGUCAACGGUGGUGUGCUGGCUUUCGUGGUUCUCGUUGGCAAGCUCCACCAAGGCGACGCCGCGACUUGGCUCAUGGCGGACCCGAUCCUUUACUGCUCUCGGCUGUCUCGCCGUUUUUUCCCUAUACCUGAGAUGCAAGGUCGUGGAUCAGAAGCAGCCGUCGUUCACCAGAGUUUCAUCGGCGACAGAAACAUUGGCUGGAGGCGGCCACCUGAAGCGCUUCUCCGCCAUCGCGAAGCACUUAGGCUCCUUGCACCAUCAGCCACCCCGUGGAUUUGCCGUUUACAAGGUUACUGUUCACGAUCACCACGAUACUGCAGCCGGGAAAGAACACAUCGGCCCUUGGCCCACCACCGAGAUAUGGAGAAGUGCCAUCUGCCUAGAGGAGCCGACUCGGAAACCGGGUUUUCCAUGGCUGUGUUCGCGCAUGCGCCCGAUGUCGCCUUUACCACUGAGGGCGAGGCAGAGAAGCCACCGAGUCCAGCCAAGGUACAAGGCCGGGGCCAGCCGGUCGUCGGCCACGAAAGCCACACUGGAGAGCGCACAGGCUUCAGUGGCCACGGGGCUCCCCUCCGUGAAUUCAACCAUGCAUCAGGAGUGCUUAGGCCACGCUGUCAUCAGUCCACGCCAUGCCUCGAGAUUGUGUGUUUAAAGGGACGAACUGUAGGGCGCAGUUCUUCACGCCCUUACUUUGUUGGCGGCAUAUUCAUGCGUGACCUGUGCGUUUAUCUCCUGAAACGACCAUAUCUCGAGCUAAUUUCGGAUUGUAGUAUGUUUAUGCACGCUUAUACGUUUCGUCGGGUAGUUAUUUCUUGAUUUAUGCGUAAAUAUUUUCGUUGAUAUUGCACGUUUUAAUUUCUGCGUUGUAAUUAAUUCGUUAUGAAGAGUUCCGGUAGGUUUUCCUAAUAGUUCCGGAAGGUUUGCCGACAUGUUUUUUCAUGUAGCGACGCUCCAUACAACCAGCAACAAAGGCCAGACAUUUCUGGAGAUUUAUCAGUAGCGACUGCUGUUCGCGCCUAUUUCGGAGUCUAGCCAAUUUAUGCGUACAUAAUAAUUUUGUACGCUAUGUAUCUAUUAAUUUAUGCGUUACUCUUUCUGUUAUUAUUUAUCGUUUUGAAUUUCUGCGUCAUAAUUUAUUCGUUUGAGAGAGUUCUGGAAGGUUUGCGAAAGAGUUCCGGUAGGCUUGCCUGAAAGUUCAGGUACGUUUGCUAUCAUGUUAUUUCACCUCGCGACCUUCCAAACAACCAUCAACAAAAGCCAGACAUUGCUUUAGAUUUAUCAGUAGCAACUAUGGUUUGCGCCUAUUCCGUAAUCUAGUCUAUUUAGGUGCACAUAUUCACUUUGUCGGCUACGUAACUAUCGAUUUAUGCGUUAAUAUUUGCAUUAAUAUUUAUCGUUUGAAUUUCUCCCUUAUAAUUUAUUCGUUUCCGAGAGUUUCGGAUGGUUUGCCAAUACUUGCUUUCUUCUAGCGACCUUCCAAACAACCAUCAACAAAAGCCAAAUGCCUCAAAAGGAUAUUGCUGCAGAUCAAUUUCUUAUAAGUGCGCACAUUGCGAACCGCAGCCAAUUCGUACGAGGCUAUUGUGUUGCGUUCUCCCCCUUAAAACGAUCGUUCGCGUCUGCUUUAAACUGUACCGUAAUUUCCCAUGUAUACUCAUGCUAUAUAUACAGUUGAAUAUUGUUGUUUAUUAUAACUUACAAUUCUGAGCUAUAAUUAAUUGCAAAGAGAUCUGGAAGGUUUGGUUGCUGGGGACAACUGACGCUUUGAGAUAGCGACUUUCGAAACAAAUAUAAACAAACGUUAGAAGAUACCUUACAAAGAGCCCUUGUGUAGGUUCAUUGUAUGUCAUGAAAUGAUCCGGCCUCGUCUGAGUUGAAUUCUGCGCAUGUUUGCGUACUUUUCAGACGUAUUUGUGGACAAGAACUGCGACCUUUCUGUGCGAGACUGUUGUUGUGUACACAUGGACUUGCAGGCACCUCAUUUUGCAGUCGGUGCGAAACUUCGUGUGAUAAGGAAAUGCGAUCUUUGUUUUUGUCAAGAAGGGCGCGUAUAUCAGGAAACCAGGAUGCAGUGGUUUGUGGUAUUACCGGGACAUCCUUGUAUGGAAGAUUUCGCCUAUUGGUCAUACGGUGUCGAACUGAAAAGGAAAUGCAGCAUUCAGCGUCACUUGUUGGAAAAGUUUGAAACUAAGCUCUAAUGAACCUGUUAAUAAAGCUCUUCGAGAGAGUGC